AUGACGGAUGCACAACAACGGAAGCUCGCGUUGCAACCUUUCGAUGAAAAGGAGCUCUUCCAUGGUCUCGGUAGCGGCUUCAUGGAGUGGGGAAAGGAAUUCGUCCGCAAAGUCGGAUUUGCAGAGCGUGCAUGUAGUUUCGCGUGGCCAAAGGGCAUUAAGGUUGAUGUUUUAGGCAGGCACCUAGCCGAAAGGCACAAAGCCGAAAGGCACAUAAGUACUAUCGUCGGCAGGUUGAGACACGGUGGCUCCAAGGCACAUAAGUACUAUCGUCGGCAGGUUGAGACACGGUGGCUCGAGAGCAACACCCUAGAACAUACAAUGCAGAGAAUGCUGAAGACAUUUACCACGAAGAUUUCACCGGCGCAGAGCAUGAAGUUAUCUACGGCACCCAAGGCAACCCACCGAAACUGGACGGACCACUUCUUGUACCUGACGGCCAUCAGUGACGCCUGUGGUGGCACCAACAACCUCGUGCUGGACAACAUCGUCCAUUAUGCUGAUCCACGUAUGCGAACAACGAUGUUGUCCAAGUUAAACACCAACCGGCUCGACUACCUGCGUCAAACAGAGGAAUUGGCUCAAUUUGCGCACUAA